CAGGGACUAGAAAGACAGGAAGACUGUUAGUGGGCAGAUAAUGUUCUGUUUCAUAAUCUGGGUGCUGUUAUGGGGUGGAGGGUUUUCAGAGCUGCACACAAAGUCUGUACACUUUUCUCUGUAUGUAUUAUACUUGAAGAAAAAAGUACAUAAAUAAUGGUUCAGCCUGGCCUGUGGUUGUUCUGAAGAACAUUCAUUUAUAUUAAUGGGGUCCAUCAUUUGGAAGGUGAGCCCCAAGCAUCAUCAUUCUUAUUCAAGUCCAAUUUUGGUGUAGUGGAGUUUUGGAAUUGGAUUCAUGGGAUGCAGUCCCAUAUGGGGGAAACACGACAACCUUCCUGAGAGUUGAUGUAAACUGGGAAUCAUAAUGAGAACUAAUAAUUUGCUCAUAGAUUUGCUGUAGAACAAUUACCAUCCUUACAGAAUUCAGAAUUGACAACGUGCAAUAUUAGAAUGAAAUGAAACUUUAGUAGCCUAAAUGGCAAAUAAUUAAAAACUGCCUUUUGAAGUAAGAGUAUGGAACAGAAGCAUAUACUCCAUAGGAAAGCUAUCCUUGCAGUUAAUGAAGGAGUUUAAGAUGCUAAAAUUGUAUCUUAACAUUAGCUUACAAAAUUGGUAUCAGAAAGCAAAUGCCAUAAAACAGGUAUCCCAGCAAGAAGGUGGUGUUAUUACUGAUGUAUUGUGGGGAAUGUAGUUUCAGACGCCGGGGGACGUUCCCCUAUCCUUAGGAAUUGCCGAGGAAAAGUGACUCCCCCGGCUGUGACCUGCCUGGUGGCGUGGGAUGACCACCGCAAGAGAACAUUUUGACCCUUCCCGGUACCGGCCGGGGCGGGGCGGGGCGGGGCUGGGAGACGGGCGCGUAUCGAUGGCGUCACCUUCUGGCGCCGCCGCUUGGUUUCCCUGGCAACUGGAGCAAUCAGGGCACCGCAGCGAGGGAGAUGCUGGCGAGACGACAGCGAGAUCCUCUCCAGGCCCUGCGGCGCCGCAAUCAGGAGCUGAAGCAACAGGUUGAUAGUUUGCUUUCUGAGAGUCAACUGAAAGAAGCUCUAGAACCCAAUAAAAGACAAGAUAUUUAUCAAAGAUGUAUCCAGUUAAAGCAGGCAAUAGAUGAAAAUAAAAAUGCUCUUCAAAAAUUAAGCAAAGCGGAUGAAUCUGCACCUGUUGCAAACUACAAUCAGAGAAAAGAAGAGGAGCAUACUCUUUUGGACAAGCUUACCCAACAACUGCAGGGCCUUGCUGUGACAAUAAGCAGAGAAAAUAUAACUGAAGUUGGGGCACCUACUGAAGAAGAGGAAGAAAGUGAAAGUGAAGAUAGUGAAGACAGUGGUGAGGAGGAAGAAGAUGCAGAGGAGGAAGAGGAAGAGAAAGAGGAAAAUGAAUCUCACAAACAGUCAACCAGUGAAGAAUACAUCGCUGUUGGAGAUUUUACUGCUCAGCAAGUUGGAGAUCUUACAUUUAAGAAAGGGGAAAUUCUCCUUGUAAUUGAAAAAAAACCUGAUGGUUGGUGGAUAGCUAAGGAUGCCAAAGGAAAUGAAGGUCUUGUUCCCAGAACCUACCUAGAGACUUAUAGUGAAGAAGAAGAAGGCCAAGAAUCAAGUGAAGAGGGCAGUGAAGAAGAUGUAGAGGUGGUAGAUGAAACAGCAGAUGGAGCAGAAGUUAAGCAAAGAACUGAUUCCCACUGGAGUGCUGUUCAAAAAGCGAUCUCAGAGCAGAUAAACACUGUUGAUGUGUUAACCACGAUGGGAGCUAUUCCUGCAGGGUUCAGGCCUUCCACACUCUCACAGCUUCUGGAGGAAGGGAAUCAAUUUCGAGCAAGUUACUUCUUACAGCCAGAGCUCAUGCCUUCACAACUGGCCUUCAGAGAUCUGAUGUGGGAUGCUACAGAAGGCACUAUUAGGUCGAGACCAAGUCGUAUUUCAUUGAUUCUGACAUUAUGGAGCUGUAAAAUGAUUCCUCUUCCAGGAAUGAGCAUACAGGUUCUCAGCAGACAUGUACGCCUCUGUCUAUUUGAUGGUAAUAAGGUUCUGAGCAACAUUCAUACAGUCAGAGCCACAUGGCAAUCUAAAAAGCCCAAAACAUGGACCUUUUCUCCCCAGGUUACUCGCAUCUUGCCAUGUUUGUUUGAUGGUGAUUGCUUUAUCAGGUCUAAUUCUGCAUCUCCAGAUCUUGGAAUAUUAUUUGAACUUGGAAUUUCUUAUAUUCGCAAUUCAACUGGUGAAAGAGGAGAGUUAAGCUGUGGCUGGGUGUUUCUUAAACUUUUUGAUGCCAGUGGAGUUCCUAUUCCAGCAAAAACUUAUGAGCUUUUCUUGAAUGGUGGUACUCCUUAUGAAAAAGGUAUUGAAGUGGACCCUUCAAUAUCCAGAAGAGCACACGGCAGUGUUUUCUACCAGAUGAUGACAAUGAGAAGGCAGCCUCAACUUCUAGUAAAACUGAGAUCCUUGAACAGAAGAUCAAGAAAUGUACUAAGUCUACUGCCAGAAACUUUAAUUGGAAGUAUGUGUUCUAUUCACUUGUUGAUAUUUUAUCGACAAAUUCUUGGAGAUGUGCUCCUGAAAGACAGGAUGAGCUUGCAAAGUACUGAUUUAAUUAGCCAUCCCAUGCUGGCCACCUUCCCCAUGCUCUUGGAGCAGCCUGAUGUGAUGGAUGCCCUCAGGAGUUCAUGGGCUGAAAAAGAAAGUACAUUAAAAAGAUCAGAGAAGAGAGACAAAGAGUUCCUGAAGUCCACGUUCCUCCUGGUUUACCAUGACUGCGUGCUCCCACUUCUCCACUCCACACGCCUACCCCCAUUCAGGUGGGCAGAAGAAGAGACUGAGACUGCACGAUGGAAAGUUAUCACUGACUUCCUUAAGCAAAACCAAGAAAACCAGGGCGCCCUCCAAGCUCUGCUGUCACCAGACGGAGUUCAUGAACCUUUUGACCUUUCAGAGCAGACCUAUGACUUCUUGGGUGAAAUGAGAAAGAAUGCAGUGUGACAGUGGCAGCCUCUAGCCCUCAGCUUCCCACGGAAUCAGAUGGAUCCUCCACGAUUACGUGAAUAAAAUGAUGGAACCAAAAAUCACUGUCACUUUACAACUUAGGUUUUAUUAUUUUCUUUCUACAGACCAUAUUUUUAAAGAAAUGUUUAUACAAUAAUUUAAAUAUUUUUUAAAACCAUAAAAUAAAUUUUUGUAAGGAAUACUGUUAUAUCUAAAUUUAAACAGUAUUUAUUUUUUCAAAAACAGCUACUUAAGUUAAUGGUAUAGAUUUCUAUAAAAGCAAGAUUUUGUCAAAAACUAAACUUAUGAUUAUUCAAGAAAGUGAAAAAGACAACCUACAGAAUGGGAAAACAUAUUUGCAAAUCAUCUAACUGAUAAGGGUCUAGUAUCCAAAAUACUUAAAUUUAUGAGUGUUAAUAAAAUUUAUCUUGUUCAAUGAA